CUCUAUGACACGACUGUUUCGAGCAGAGAUCGUCUGCUCUAUGGCGAUGUGUAAUUCUCAAAUAAAACAUUUGUGUUUUGAUGUUCCCAGAAAAAAUAAUAAUUUGCUACGUUUCUAAGUAAACGGUAGAGUGAACUGAGGUUAUGAAAAUAUAAACAUCAAGAAAAUCUAAAGUGCCUGCAGUGUUUAGAUUAUUGAGUUUUGGUUCGUGUACAAAGUUACAUGUUUUUCGAUUCUACUAGGUUAACCAACGACCGUUGACAUUUUGCAAAUAUUUUUUGAAAUGUCGAGAAAACUUUUACUUCGUCAAAGAUGUGCAUAUAAAGGAUGUACUGUGGAAGGGAGACGCCGUGGAGAUGGCCAUCUCUUCAGAUUUCCUUCUGAUGAUAAACGACGCUCGGUCUGGAUGACUAAUUGUGCCAAUCCCCGGCUCUACAAAUUGACAAAGAAGACAGUACUUCAUUAUGGACUGUGCAAACAACAUUUUCCUAACAGUGCAUUCACAAAUACUGAUCAAGAAGCAUUGAACUGGAAUGCAGUACCCCAUCCAUAUGUUGAGGAACCGCCGUCUCCAAUGGAAGUUGUAACGAAAGAGGAUUCUUCAAAUAGAAACGAGCCAACCCAAUGCUCCCUAAGCGAAGCAGAACCCCAACUUCAAACAACAGUCUCCAACGAUCAAUCAAAAUCGUCGAUGACCCAAUCCCUUCCCUUUAAUCCCCUGUAUUCCAAAUUACUCGACGAAAACGACGACCUGAAGAACGACAUCACGCGAUUAAAAAUUGCGAACAAAAAAUUACGAGGGGAGAAUGACAAACUUUUUACAAAAUCAGAAGAACGUUCAUCAAAAAUCCGAAGUUUGCAAUAUCAUCUCAAACAAACUUCAAAAAUAACAGCACGAGCUGUGGCUAAUGUCACGAUUGACGACAUAUUGAGAAAUCAUGAUCCACCACUUCAUCAUACCGCUGAGACAAUGGUGAGACUGCAAUUUCACAAGACAAACACUCCGUAUAAUCAAGAAGAACAAGAAUUGACAAAACAAAUUCAAUAUCAUGCACCUUCAGCUUAUUCACGUAUGCGAAGAGCUGGUUGUGUACUUCCAGGUGCAAGUACAGUUCGUUCCUGGGUAUCGCAGUACGAAAUUAUUCCUGGUUUUUGUCAAGGAAUGUUCGAGCAGUUAAAGCAGAAAAUGUCAAUUUUAGAUCCCUUAGAUCGAUAUUGCUCACUAGCCUGGGACGAAAUGCCGAUUAAAAGCACCGAGGAAUAUUCAUCAAAACUCGAUUUGAUCGAAGGACUGGUAGAUCUUGGGCCAUUGGGUCGAAGGUACGAGAGAGCAGAGAAUGCAUUUUUCUUCAAUCUAACCAGUCUAAACUCUACAGAGAAAUGGCGGCAGCCCAUUGCGUAUUUCCUAUCUGGAAAUGGGGGAAUGACUCCAGAAGAUAUUCAUUUACUCUUACAAGAUUGUCUACAACGUCUAGAAGAAGCUGAUGUGAAAGUAAAAUUAUUGGUGUCCAAUCCGAAUCCUCAGAAUCAACAUCUAUACGAAAAUAUCCUGGAGAUUAAUUACGACGAAGCAACGGUGAAUAUAAAUGAAAAAGUCUAUUUCAUUGCUUUUGAUUUUCCAAAUCUGAUAAAACAAGUCGUUGUGGCACUGAGAGAGUACGGGACAAUUUGGCAAAAUAAUAGGAUUAUUGCUUCGUGGAGUGACUUCGCUGCAACACAUACGUUUGACAAGAAAUUCGCCGCAUCCAGCCUCCUGGGUCAUAUUUCGGAUCUUCAGUUUUCUCUGAAUUCCCUCCAGGGGAUCCCAGCAAAACGUACUUUUCAAAUUUUGGGAAAUCGGUAUGCACAGGCCAUCAACUCCUGGGGUAGUUCCCUUCAAAGUUCAUCAGAAUCCAAUGGAGCUUCGUCUACUUGGGAAGAGACCGCUGAAUUUGCGGAAAAAAUGAAUGAUAUCAUCGACGCAUGUUAUUCAACAGAUUUACUCGAUAAAAAUCCCAAUAGAAUGCCAUUGUCCCCAGAUAAUCCUCACAUAGAGGAGCAGAUUCUGGACUUGAUUGAGUGGAGUUGCACGUGGCAAAUUGCUAACAAGUCCGGGUACACAGCUCUCCCUUGUUUCCAAGGACUAAAUCUGACUGGAAAGGCCUUCCUGAACGUCUACAAAAACCUCUCCCAGAAAUGGUCAGAAUUCAAAUUUUUCACAUCACGUGGCAAUUUAGAUGGGACUGAGCAUUGGUUCAGUCUUAUUCGAGCUCGGAACGGAAUUUCGCAGAAUCUAACGGCUAAAAUGGUACGAAUUUCCACGAGACAUAUCCUUUCCAUGGGGUACGCUCGUAGUGCUCAUAGUAAGACUGUCUCGUGUGACGACAACGAUUUUCUUGUGGCGUCAAAGCCCUCACGAAUAUCAUUAGUAUUUGAUAAUCCAGCGAUCCCAAUGAGAGUCCCCAGUGAGAUAAAUCUCGAGGAAAGUAGUAUGGAGAGCGAGAUGUUGGAAGUGCUGGACAUUAUUCGUGAGAUUGAACAACAGGACAAUAACCAUUCACUUGUUAAUUCACAAGAAAAAGGUCCCACGUCACUUGAUGGAACGAAUGCUAUGGCAUUCUUAGCACGUUAUGCGGCUUUCAGAGGUGUGAGUAAAUGUCAAACGUGUAAAAAAGACAUGUGUAAGUCAAUUUCCGAUGAUAGUUCUAUCGAAAACAUCGAUGUUGAUCGGACAAAUGUUAAUAAAGCUACUCGUCCCGACUGGUUUGCCAAAUUGAUUGAGCUGCAAUUGCAAGCUUUUGAUCAAAUUUGGAGGAAACACUGGGGCUCAGCAUCAAUCCAUCGCAAUAUCACUGCCAAUUUAAAAGGAGCUCUUCAGCUAUCGACUCCUGAUUGGUUUAUCGAGAACCUUAAUUGCUACUCUCAUCGACUGACAGCUUUAAAAUUUUUGGUGAAAGUGAAAAUCUUGUCCAGAAUGAGAUUGAAUAAUCAGGAAGCACUGAGAGAGCAAAUUAAAUGUUAUAAUCAUAAUAAGAGAGUGCAGAAGAAAGUCACUCGUCAGUGAAGUUUAUGGAUGCCGUCUGUAUUUUUUAUUGUCAGUCUUUGACCGACUGAAUGCGCUGUUUUAAAUAUGUUCAGUGGAUUAUGUUUUACGAAGGGGAAAAAAGCAAAUUUUAAUUUGUAAUUGCAACGAAAAUGUUGAUUUUUUCAUAAGACAUUGUGCUAAGGUUUGAUUUUUUAUGUUUUUUCUUAAAAAACCAACAGGAAAUGUGAUAGUGUUCGAUAAUUUUGAAAUUCAUUCAAAGAGUAGAACCACUUUAAUGAGAUUUCAUCAAUUACUUGUUUCUAAUUCUCUUUAUGAAUCGCUCAAUUUGUAAUGAUAUAAACUACAAAUCUUAAAUCAUAUAAAUCCUUUGAAAUUGGUAGUUCUAGUGACGGAUUUGUACACAUCAUAAUGUCCAAGACACCUCACUUAUGUCCUUCAUGUUGAGAAGGAUAUUUAUUGCGUGAAUUCUCUGAUGUUACGAUUGUUAUGUUAAAUUUUAUAACUUUAUAUUUUUCAUAGUCCUGAUGAGGGUCAAGACAGGCUUGCAAUUUUGAAAUUGCUGAGUUUCUAUGUCAGGAUGUGUAAUGUUAACCACAGGAGUUCGUCGAAGAGAGAGUGGUUCUAACAUGUAUCGAAUGUAUAUAUGUAUAUACAUGUGUAUAUAUUGUCAGUAGUUUUUCAAAGAUAGCGGAAAACAUUCGUGUGAAUGAAUCUAACUGUAAGAUGUAAAAUAUUUUUCCACAUAACAUCCUGACAAAGACAUAUGGAAACUUCUCAUUAAGAACUGGUAGAAUCUACCUUGUGAUAAAAAUUCAAAGUUUAUAUUCAUUUUUUAAUCGUCCGGUCGCUAGCAUUUGAAAAAUUAACAGAAUAAAAAAUGAUUAUAGAAUUAGUUAAACCAAAAAAGUACAGAAAACUCAGUAAUGAUUAUUUUACAUGUGCGAGUUUAAAAAUUCAAUUAAAUUGUUAAGUCGUGUUUCUUCGUCAUCAUUCAAGAUAAUUUAGAAAUAUAAUUUUAGGAUUCAAUUUCGUUUCUUUUAUGGUUUAAUUGAACGCAUCACUAAUUAUAAACAUGAAUUAUCAAUUAUGUUCUUAAUUCUUUAUUUCCAUUCGAAGCUACCUGCAGCAGAAAAAAAUGGACUAUUACCAUAAAAAUUAAAUUCUACUCAUGUUGACGUGAAACAAGAAUUAAUUUUUCAAAACAAAAAAGUAUCGCCGAGCGAUAUAACACUCCAGGUGAAGUUACACACAAUGUCUUCAUUAAAAGUUAUAAAGAAUCGUAUAAAAUCCGUGGAGAACACAAGAAAAAUUUCUAAAACAAUGAGAUUGGUGUCAGCAGCAAAAUAUGCAAAGGCAGAACGUGAAUUAUUAACCUCCAGACCAUUUGGCAACAGUCCCCAGUAUUUUAUCGAGACCGUUGGUCUCACUUUGGACCCUAAACCAGACUCCAGGUUGGUCCUAGCCGUCACUGGAGACCGAGGACUAUGUGGAGCCAUUCAUUCGGGUGUUGCGAGGGCAGUUCACAUGUCAAUUGAGUCCUUAAAAGUGGACACGAACCCGCUGACCAAGUUAAUCUGCAUUGGCGAAAAGUCUAGGGUUAUUUUAUCCCGAGUUUACGCCAAAAAAAUCCUCUGGAUAGCCUCGGAAAUCGGAAAAAAACCCUCGACGUUCAUUGAUGCAAGCCGAAUAGCCCAGAUGAUACUGAAGUCUAUGGCGGAUUACCAAUUCUCGCAGAUACAAGUUUAUUAUAACAAGUUAAUUGACAUACAGAUACCAUAAUUUUGUGAGGAUGAAAAUAAAUUGGAGAUGAAUGAAUAAAUUAGGAAAUCAUUGUUUUAUCAA